GUAAUUGGACGUCGCCUGUCAGAAACCAGGAAGUGGGUCGCUCGCUCGCUGUUGUUUGUGUUCGUUGGUCGCUUAUCGUCUGUUUUUCUGAUUCAACAAAUCGCUUUUACGGGCCGAAAUGGCGACGUUUAUUUCAGUCCCGUUAAAGAAGUCCUCCGAGGUGGAUCUGGUGAAACCACUUUCUAAAUUUAUAACCGCUACAUACCCAGCGGGCGAGGAGCAGGGGGAGUACAUCCGAGCUGUGGAUGAGCUGAACAAGCUCCGCAAGAGUGCGCUGGGAAGGCCUCUGGACAAGCACGAGAGCUCCCUGGAGAUCCUGCUCAGAUACUAUGACCAACUGUGUGCGGUGGAGCCCAAGUUUCCCUUCUCUGAGAACCAGCUCUGCCUAACCUUCACAUGGAAGGAUGCCUUUGAUAAAGGAUCGCUGUUCGGGGGCUCGGUCAAGCUCGCUUUGGCCAGUGUGGGCUACGAGAAGACAUGCGUGUUGUUCAACGCAGCAGCCCUGGCCAGUCAGAUCGGCUCGGAGCAGAACCUGGACAACGACGAGGGCCUGAAGACUGCUGCCAAAUUCUAUCAGCUGGCUAGCGGAGCGUUCGGUCACAUCAAGGACACAGUGCUGACAGCGCUGAACAGGGAGCCCACCAUGGACAUCUCCCCCGAGACUGUGGGGACCCUGAAGCUUAUCAUGCUAGCCCAGGCCCAAGAGGUCUUCUUCCUCAAAGCCACCUCAGAUAGGAUGAAAGAUGCUGUCAUUGCAAAGCUGGCCAAUCAGGCGGCAGAUUUCUACGGCGAAGCCUGCAAGCAGUGCCAGUACAAAGACAACCUGCCCAAGUAUUUUUAUUUUCAGGAAGUGCUGUCGGUGCUGGCGGCCAAGCACACCAUCAUGCAAGCCAACGCUGAGCUGCACCAGAGCAUGGUGUCCAAGCAGAAGAAGCGCUUCGGAGAGGAGAUCGCUCGCCUGCAGCGCUCAGCGGAGUUGGUGAAGACAGUGGCGUCUGGUUACGACGAAUACGUGAGCGUCAAGGAUCUGAGUGAGAAGAUCAACCGAGCCCUCGUCGCAGCCAAGAAAGACAACGACUUCAUCUACCACGACCGCGUGCCCGAGGUCAAGGAUCUGGAACACAUCGGCAAGGCGGCGCUCGUCAAAGCCGCCACCAUCACACCUCCACUCAGCCAGAAAUUUGCAGACUUGUUUGAGAAGAUGGUCCCCAUGGUGGUGCAGCAGUCCAUGAGCAACUACACCCAGAGGAAGGCUGAGACUGUGAACAGACUGGUGGGAACCAUGAGGGAGGCCACCAAUCUCUGCAAUGGGGUGUUGGCAUCCCUAAACCUGCCGGCGGCUCUGGAGGACCUGUCGGGAGAUUCUAUCCCACAAUCCAUUGCUGAGAAGGCCCGAGCCGUCGUGCAGCUGGGAGGACUGCAGAGCAUUGAGCAGCUAAUCAGAGACCUGCCUGAGCUUCUGACCCGCAACAGAGAGAUCCUGGAUGAGGCUCUGAAGAUGCUGAACGACGAAGAGACGACAGACAGCGAGCUGAGAACCAAGUUCAACCAGCGCUGGAACAGAACCCCCUCUGGAGACCUCUACAAGCCCCUUCGCACAGAGGGAGCUAACUUCAGCAACAUCUUGGACAAGGCCGUGCAAGCGGACCAGGUGGUGAGGGACCGCUACACCGCCCACUGUGACAUGAUCGCCCUGCUGUGUAAGCCAGAGAACGAGCUCAACGCUGCCAUCCCCUCCGCCAACCCGACCAAGACCCUGCAGGGCAGCGAGGUCGUGAACGUGCUGCGCUCCCAGCUCGCCCAGCUGGAUGAGAUGAAGAAGGAGAGGGAGACCCUGGAGGGAGAGAUCAAGGCUGUGACCUUUGACAUGUCCACCAGCUUCCUGACGGCGCUCUCUCAGGAUGGGACCAUCAAUGAGGAGCAGCUGUCACUCUCCCAGCUCGACCAGUUGUACGGCGCCUACAACCAGCGGGUACAGACCACCCUCCGCUCGCAGGAAGAGCUGCUGGGACAAAUUCAGACGUCCCACCAGGAGUUCAGCAGUCUGACGCAGUCCAACACGGAAGCCAACCAGAGGGAGGAGGUCCUGAAGAAGCUGGCUUCAGCCCAUGACAGCUACGUUGAGAUCAGCAACAACCUGCGCGAAGGCACCAAGUUCUACAACGACUUGACAGAAAUCCUGCUUAAGUUCCAGAACAAAUGCAGCGACAUCGUUUUUGCUCGCAAGACAGAGCGGGAUGAACUACUUAAGGACCUGCAGCAGAGCAUCGCCCGAGAGCCCAGCGCUCCGUCCUUCAACGUUCCUGCCUAUCAGACCAACCCCGCUGCCCCUGCUGGUGGCCCAACCCCUGCUCCCAGGACCGUCUUUCAACCUCAACAACCCCAGGCGAAGCCCCAGCCUCCAGCCAGGCCUCCUCCACCGAGCGUCGUCCCUCAAGCAGCCUCCACCCCUCCCAUCAAUGCACCACCAAUGGGCCCUCCCAACAGCAACCAACCGCCUAUGGCCCCACCAUCCCAGGCCCAGGGACCACCUUACCCCAGCUACCAAGGCUAUACAGGGUGCUACCAGAUGCCUGGCUACAACCCCUAUGCUUACGGACAGUACAACAUGCCCAACAUGCCCAACAUGCCCAACAUGCCCUACAUGCCCUAUCAGCAGACUCCAGGACAGCAGGGAGGCUACCCAGCAGCCCCUCCUCCUGGACAACCCUACCCUGGCUACCCCCAGCAACCCCCUCAGCAGCAGCCCUACUACCCUCAGCAAUAACUCUUCUCUCCUUCCUCUCAUUCUUUAUCUCACCAGUUAACACCAAAUAAAAAAAAAAUACCCCCAGCAAUAACACGUCAUCUCCGUUCGCUCCCCUCUCCCGUUUAGCUCUCUCUCAAUAACAGCAGCUAUAGAAACCCUAGUGAGAGGCGACUUCAGAGCUGCUUUGCACUUCUCUCUAAAACCCUUUAUUAUGUCGACACGUUCUCAUUUUGACCCUGCCCCCUUUCUUUCUACCCUAGGUUAUGUUUUCUGGGUUCUGACUGCACUUUUCCUAACUAUUUCAAGUUUCAUCAAUGCACUAACUCCCUCUUUUGCCCGUAAGGGUUUUUUUCU